AAAUUGUUUAUUUUAGGGUGCGUUCUACUAAGCGUUCACAAUACUGAUCAAGAACUGGGUCUCUUACCUCAAGUCGUCGGAAAUAGUCGGAAAUUUUCGGCUUUUGUAAUCUAACGGCGUCACGCGUGAGGCUAGACUAAUUUCCAAAAAGUGGGAUAAAAAUUAACUUCAACUUACUCUUUCGAAAAAUUUUAUAUUUUUAUGAAAUUUAGUGUUUCCGUAGGAUAUUAAAAUUUCUGAUGAUAAUAAUUGUGAUAAUAUCUAAUGCAAUAAAACAAUGAGUGUAAUCGAAAUCAUCGAAAUAAGUGGUGACGAAGAUGAUAUUCAUGACGCUUCUACAAUAGUAGAUAUGCCGCUUGGAGAAACUGAUGAUAUUGAUGUGCAACAAUACAGUGAUGGAAGAACAACAAAGAGUCAGUCACAAUAUAAAGACGUUAAUAAUCCAGAAGUUAUUGACAGUCAAUAUUUGAUAAAUAAACUAAUAAAUAGCAAUACGAAGAUUAUUAACAGCCUCAUCGAACAAAACAAAUUUUUAUCUUCCACCAAUGGUUUAAUUUCACAUGCUGAUGAUGACAAUUUAGAUUUGUAUGCUAAUCGGAAUAAAAAUAAUAUUGUAGAUUCGCUCAGUCAUAUAAAGAUUGUGAGGAUUGAAUCAUUGAAUGCACAAGAAAAUUUGACUGCGGAUAUUAUAGACAGUCAUAAUGAUAACGAUGUACAGGAAAUAAUUCCUGACAGUAACAUACAAAAUUUGGGUAAUGGGAACAUGAAUGAAAUAAACUUAAGAAAUAUUGAAGAGACAACAAAUGAUAUUUGUCAUCCAGAAUCGUCUAAUGUGAUUGAAACUUCAAUUAAAAACGAAUUUUCAUUAUUUAAAUAUGAAGAUUUUGAAGAAAUUUCAAAAAGUAGACACCAAACUGAAAUGAUUUCUCAAUAUUCAUUGAACAAAUUAAAAAAAUAUCUUUCAAGAGUUAGACUUGACAGGACUUCAGUACCUGAUAACAAUACAAUUUCUUUAAGCGACGCAGAGAACAACAUAACUCCUUCGAGUAACGAAGAAAACAACAUAAUUUCUAUAACUAACUUCGAAAACAAUUUAAUACCAUCAAGUAACGUAGAAAACGAUACGAUUUCUUCAAGUAUCACAGAAAAUAAUAUAAUUUCUUCCAGUAACGCAGAAAAUAAUUGUUAUUGCAAAGAAUGUAAUCGUUUUUUCGCUUCAGAAAAAAAAUUUGAAUCUCAUAAACGGUAUCGUCACAAUGGAAGAAAACUUUACAACUGUGAACAAUGUGAUUAUGCAAGUAAUAUAAAAUUUAAUUUGAUAUAUCACAAAAGAACGCAUACUAGCGAACGUCCAUAUCAAUGUUUUUGUUGUUCGUUUACUUUACGUACAAAAACGCUCUCAAAUCACAUCUGUUUACUCAUAUUGAUAAAAAUUUAUCAUGUGAUAUUUGUCAUGAGAAAUUCACAAAAGCAAAUUCACUAAUAAGGCACAUAAUUUAUUAUCAUUCGUUUUCUCCAUCUGUUAGAGCGCGGCAAUGUAAAGUUUGUCGAGAAUUAUUCCCAGAUCGAUAUAGUUUAAAGAUUCACACUGAAACACAUAAAAAUGGAAGUUUAUUCAAAUGUCAUAUUUGUUGUUACACAACAAAAUUCUCACAAAGUAUAUGGGCACAUAUAGACAAACACGUAAGCAAUAAAAUUAUUUGUAAUGAUUGCGGGAGAUCGCUUGCAAAUAAAAAUAAAUUUGAACAACAUUGGUAUUUACGUCAUAAUUUUGCUAAUUAAUUAAGAGUAUAUUAUAAAUGGACUCACUGCCAUAAUCAUCGUACUUAUGUACGACUUGAUCAUUUUAUUCGUCACAUUAUCAAUAUUCAUGGCGUAGAAUAUCUAGAGCAAGAUAAAAUUUAGGUGCUUAAAAUUUACCAAAAAGUUAUUGUAGAUGUGACCGGUUGAUUUAAAUUUAUAAAUAAUAUCAGUUUUGAUUUUGUUUUUUACUUCUAAGUCACAAUUUAACGAAACUAAACAAAAAAUUUAAGUUGAUAAUUAAAAAUAAAAAACUAAAAGUAGGA